GCCUUUUCCGUCCGUUUUCCCGAGGGACGGAAGACUACAUUUCCCAGGAAUCCCUCGAGAAACCCGCCUCCGUGCGCACGCGCUCUGCUGCCGCAGGAUUUGAAUCGGCGGCGUUGUUAUUGACGCCAUAUUGGGGCUGGCGGCUGGUGGGGAGAAGUCUUAUAGGGGGGGUGGGGGGGGGGAAAAGGGAAGCGGUUAGACAAGCCUUUCCUUCAGCUGCCACUGCCGCCGCCGACGUCGCUGCCGCCUCCUCCGAGCCAUCCUCCCGGCGUUUGUCCUAGCUCCGCCGCACCCCAGACCGGCCCUGCCGGUGAAAGUCGCGUCCCGGCUUCAGACUUCGCGCGACCCGAAGGGAGACGGACAGGCUGAGAGGAGGGCCCAUUGAGCCCGGCGGAAAGACUCGAGCCGGGGCGGGGACCGGGGUCGGAGGCUCCCGGGAGAGCGAGAGCUGAGCGGAGAGGAAGGCAGGCAGGAAGGAAGGCCCCCCAGCGCGAGCCCCCUCCCCCCCGACGCCGCCGGCUCUCGUCACCCCGGACCCCCUCCCCGCCCAGCGCCGGUCCGUGCGGCCACUGCUGCUCCCGCCGAGGCGGCGGCGGCGUAGUCCGCGUCGGCUGCCCAUCUCCGUCGCCCGGCCCCAGGGGGUCGCCGGCUCCCCUCCCCACCUCUCCCGCGCCCCGCUCCCUCUCGGCCCCGGUCAUGGCGUGCGGAGCCACUUUGAAAAGGACUCUGGAUUUCGACCCGCUGCUGAGCCCGGCGUCCCCCAAGCGACGGCGAUGUGCGCCAUUGUCGGCGCCCGCCUCGGCCGCCGCCUCCCCGUUGUCAUCUGCAGCCGCCACCGCCGCCUCCUUCUCUGCCGCCGCCGCCUCGCCGCAGAAAUACCUCCGGAUGGAGCCGUCCCCCUUCGGCGAAGUCUCCUCUCGCCUCACUACAGAACAAAUUCUGUACAACAUAAAACAAGAGUAUAAACGUAUGCAGAAGAGAAGACAUUUAGAAACUAGCUUCCAACAGACAGAUCCUUGCUGUUCUUCUGAUUCACAGCCACAUGCAUUUCUUCUCAGUGGACCAGCUUCUCCAGGCACUUCAUCUGCAGCAUCAUCACCAUUAAAAAAAGAACAGCCCCUAUUUACUCUAAGGCAGGUUGGAAUGAUCUGUGAACGUUUGCUGAAAGAACGUGAAGAGAAGGUUCGUGAAGAGUAUGAAGAAAUAUUGACCACAAAACUUGCAGAACAAUAUGAUGCAUUUGUGAAAUUUACGCAUGAUCAGAUAAUGCGACGAUAUGGAGAACAGCCUGCUAGUUAUGUUUCAUGAAUCACGUUUCCUGCAUUUGUGGGCUGCCCAGUUCCCUGUUGUUGCAAGUGGUCCCAGUUAAGACUUGCAGCAAUGCCAUAUUUCUCCCCCUCCCCCUGUGAACACAGGUUAUUUCAAGCUUUUGUCAGUGGCAACCACUCUUAGGCAGCAACUGAUUUUGGAGUGCUCCCUAAUGUCAAUACCACCUGGAUGUGGACUGUUGCUACCUGUAUUAAUACCAGUGGCCUCAUUUGCUGUAUCAUUACAAUUUGGCUUCUUAUGUUAAUGAUAUGUUUGAAAAAGAUUAAAGCUGGUGUUCUAGAAAAUGCCCUUCAUUGGUUGUGUAAAUAAAACUGUAGAAUGACACUUCGGAUUGAAGUUAGUGUGGUUUUAAUAACUGUGCACUACAACCAAGCUGUAACCCGUCAUUAAUAACUUAGAAUGUAAUCCCAGGACAAUUAAGCAAAUAGCCCGCAGUACUAUCUGUGAAAUAGUAAAGAAAGAGAGCAUUUCUGUAUUCCAGGACUUUUGGGGGGGGGGGGGUUAAGAAUGGGUUUAUAUGAUUUCUUGUUUUUGUAGUUUUUAUUUAUUCUAUCAGUCUUUAACAAAUGUUUAUUGCUGCAUUUUUUUUUCAGUGUAUCAUUGUUUUACUGCCCUUGUAGUACUGGAAUUUAGUUGGAAAAAUAAAACAUUUACUUCUAACCUGUUUGUUUUUAAUGUGCAGAUGGGCUUUGUGCAGUGAAUGGAUAAAAUUAGUGUUUGAAAUACAAGCAUUAGCUAAGUGAAGGAACUGGAAGUUCUCAAAGAAUGAAGUUUAUCUCAAAUAAUCAAUGAUUUAGUGUUACUGUUUAAAACUUGGCUGAGUUGUUUUCUGGUCCUGAAGCAGUUUUUCACCUGAUUGCAGUGGUAGGAUUUGACUGGCACUUAAUUGCAGAAUUGUAAAUUUCAGUAGAAUGAAAAAGUUUGGGAGUUUUUGAAGGUUAGUUAUUGGCAUGAAUAAAGAUUUGAACAUUUUUUAUUACUUGGUAAAAAUUUACUUUAACUUUUAAUAAAGUCCUGUUUUGUUUUUUUUUUUUUUAAGGGUUUUUUGUUUCGUUUUAAAGCCAUGCCAGGGAUAAAUCAUUGUGCUAAAUUCCAGUAAUACAUUUGGCCAUAAAUAUUUGAAAGUGGGUUAACUAUUGGCAGCGUCCUAGGUGCAGCUUAUUUUUAAAAUGUGCUUUCUGUGACAGGGCAAAGAGAUGUAUUUGAUUCUGUACAUUUACCCCUGGCUUAUAUGUUAUUUUUCAUUAAUACUUGAAAGUAUUGGUUAUAACCUAAUGAAGACUAAAGGGAGGAAAGGAGGAAUGAACGGAAGGGUAAAUACACUGACCCUGGGCUGUGGUUGUAAAUGUCGCUUCAUUCUGUUUUCCUAAUCACUAAAUCCUCUUCCACACCUGGAAUUUCAGUGCCAACACAGUUGUAUUAAAAAAUCAGUAAUAGGGCUACUUUUUAUACUUGAUAUAGGGAGACGCCAGUAUCUCACUAAAAGGAAAAUCAGUGCCUUUUUCCUUCCUUUUUUCCCCCAUUCCACAAGGAAUGAUAAUGACUUUUUGGGUCACAGCAUUAAUGUAAUACAUUUUAGAUUUUAUUAGAAUAUAUAAAUCAAAUUUCACUGCAACAAAAUUCCAUUAGAACAAAAAAUUUAUCAAAUCUCAGCUUUAUGGCCUGUUCUUAAGCAACAGAAUUUGGGCAUUCUCUUAGAAUUGAUUUUAAUGGGAUUUGGAUAAUUGGGAACACACUUUCUUCUAGUGAUGGGCCAGAUAUUUCAGUAGAUUUGAUAAAUAAGUCCCCACCCCGUCACUUUCAGGCCUGUUUUGUUUUAUAUAGAACAGCAUUUUCUUUGGAAUUACUUUUGUGACAUUUUGCUAUUAACAGGCCAGUAAUUAAAUAGCUAGUCAGAGUGCUGUUAAUAAUUUGAAGGAAUUCUGUUGCUAAGGCCUAUCACAUCUUUACAUAUUGUAGCUAGCACACUGACAAGCAAUCUUGUUUUUUUGAAAGCAGAUUUAAAAUUUAGCUUCCCCAUGGCCUUUUAGAACUCUCAAAUGGUGCUGUAAGAACUAUGUUGCUGUAAUGUGAAUUAGUGCCAUAGAACCCUAAUUAACCAGACAUUCAAAUAUACUUUUUUUUUUUUUUUGGCAAAGGGAUUUUGGGGGUUAGAGGGGUGGGGGAGGGUAGGAGUUGCCUUUGAGGGAGAAGUCAAUCACAAAGCAUAUGAAUCUCAGGGAUUUAUUCUAACAUCUUCCAGGGUAUUUCUUGGCCUCAGUAUAGGUUCCAACCAGUCCCCUAUAUACCUUUAGUGCUACACAGAGGCAAGUAAGUAGACUACUCUUUUAGACUUUUUCAAAUACUUAAUGGGUAAGCCCUUAAAAAAAGCAAUCAGAAUAUCUUAUUCUUGAAGUGUUUGGUUAAUUAUAAUUUUACUUCAUCAUAAAUGAGGGAAUUGGGACAAAUUGAAUGGCUUUGUCUAGUUUUAUUUUCAAGUUUUUAUUUUCCUUGAUGAUAAGCUGCCAUGGAUAAGGUAGGCUUUGUACCUGCUUCUAAAAAUGAGAGCUGUUACUAAAAGCAAAUUGACCUUGACCAAAUGUGAAAAUAGAGAAAUUUCUCAUUUCUGAAAUCAGAGCUAAUGCUUGGAUAAACAAGUAAAUCAAAAUAGGCCUACCUUUAAAGAUGAGAAGAGGUAGCCUGGUAAUGAUCUGGAAGAAUCAAACAUGACACCUUUUCCAUAGUACAGCUUUGCUUAUUCCCAAUUGUGCCUCUUGUAUUUCUUUUUCCCCCUCUUAAGCAACUAUGUGUUUGACUUUGGCUAAGCUCCUAAACCCUUUAAAAGGGCUAAAUUUCAGCCGUAAGUUAAGAUCUCUUUCAGCUUUGAUUUAAUAUCUUUAACAAAUCUUAGUCUGAAGUACUUUGCAAGAACAAAUUAGUUGACUCCUUCAGUUAAGGUACUGUCUAAUUUGAGUGGAUAUUAAUCAUGUUUAAAGCUUGCAUUCAAUAUUAUUCAGUAGGUCUGUGGAAGGAAGUCAUAUCUCUGCUGUUAGGUUCUUAAAAUUCCUCCAAAGAGUUAACUUAAUUCAAAAUGUAAAGGUAGGUGGGGAAGUCUUAAGGAAAUGAUCAAUUCUGACCAUUCCCAUGGGAAUGUAUUUUCAAAGUAAAUUAUAAGGAUUUUAAACAUGAUGAAGUUAAUUAAGAAUUUCUUCAUGCAUAACUUCCACAAACUCACUGAAUUUCAAAGAUGGAAGGGAUCUUAGAAAUCAAGUUUCAUGCCUCUCAUUUUACAAUGGACACUGAGGCCCAGAGAGAUAAUACUUGCCCAAGGCAAGUGGGCAGGCACAAGGAUUUGAACCAAGAUCUUCAGAUGUCAAAUCCUAAGCUCUCUACCACGAAACCUUUUGAGUGUUUUUUCCCUCUUUUGACAUGUCCAGUUUCAAAGGCUUGGAGCCAGAGUUCCCAGUUUUGUUAAUUCCACUUCAAAGUUUUUUCCUAUUAUAGUACCUCUGUGAGACUCUUCUACUUGGAAAUAAUUUUAGUAACCUAUACCUACCUAAUUUUGUAAGAAGGAAGGAGGGACAUGGACAGUUAAAUUACUUUUUUCUUUAUGUGUUUAGGCAUGUGGUUAUUUUUCAACUUUUAGGCAGAUGACAGGGAUACAAAGCUGGGACUAAACUUGAAAAAAAAACUGAGAAUCUUAUGCUCUAUCCUACUUCCUCCUAAAAUAUUAGUAGUUUCUUAGCAACACCAAAGCAUUUUACUUUUACUCAAAUCUUGACCUACAACAAUCUGGGAUUUGAAACUAGGCCUUUAUAUGAUAGAAUUUACUAUCUAGAAUGUCAGCUCUGUCAAGAAAUGACUGAAGUUUACAUUGUACAUUUAAGAUAAUUCUGAAAUCCUUUCUACACUGAUAUGACUUUAGUAAGACAUUUGUGAGACAGUCUCUCUCUUUUUUUACUAAAGGCUGUUGUCUCCAUAUCACAAUGGAACCACUUUACACACAGCCUUAUUAAUAGAUCAUAGAUUCGAGUAGAACUUAGAAAAAUUCCAGAUAGAUAUUACUAUCUGGCAGCCUCACUAAAAAUGGCAUCUGAGUAGCCAAAAUAAGAUUCCCUAAAUCCCUUAUCAGUGAGUCCUUCAGCCCAUUUCUCUCACAUCUAUAAGCUUGGUUAACUGGUUUCUAACCCUCUCCCCCAAUUUUUUUUAACUUCUAAAGGAGAUAUAGGAAAGAGGGAACCACUACAGCUAAGCCCACUGCUAGCAAAAGUAGAGAGAUUCAAAUCAGCCUGAUAAAACCAUUGUUUCUACUUAAUCCAUCAGCCCUCCCUCCCCCUCUUAGAUCUUACUUAUAGCACGGUACAAUAGAUGUUCAUGAUAAUGCUGAACCAUCAGAAGAUUAAAUUGUGUUCCAUAUACUAUUGAAGGUAGGAAAAUACAGAUGAAAAUGAAAAUUUGAUAUCAAAAGGGGUGGUAAACCUUCAGCUCUACUCAAAGGUUUUUAAUAGCUGAGGUUUUACUGUACCAUUUCAUCUAGGAUAUAAGGUUACAUAGUCUACUAACAGCUUUGUUGACUUAGAAAACUAUAGGGUCUACUGAAUGUGAUGUGCUUUGAAUGUUGAUUGAAGCUGUCUUUUUCUGGGAAAAUGUUUACUGACAGGAGUACUUGUAUUGGAAUAUUUAACAUUAUACUGAUAUUCAUAAUAAAAUAUGACCUUUCCACAUGUUGCAUA